ACCGGCACAAGUUAACGAAACGUGCGUGACGAAAUGCAAGGAUCACCUGUCAGUCAUUGUGCGAAGGGAGGGUGAAGCGAGUGGAAAAUGCUUCAAGAGAAUAGUUCAUGGUGCACCUGGAACCACUAAGAGGGCCGGGGCUGGCAGGAGCGCUUCCCUGCUCCCUUCUGCGGCGGAAACACGUGUGUCUGUCUCUAGGUGUCUGUCUGGCCCAGAGCACUGGCGAUCCCACCGGCACCAUGUUGAACUUGAUCAAAUUUCCCCCCAUUUUCACUGUUCACCAAGUGCCCACGGUGUUCCAGGAGGACAGCAUCAUCUCAGGGUACCGCCAUCCCAGAAGCUCUGCCACAGACUGCGUCCUCAGCCUCUUCCAGCUCACCAACGAGACGCUCAACAUCUGGACUCACUUCCUACCUACAUGGUACUUCCUGUGGAAGCUGCUGAUGGUGGCGUUGAUGCAGAAUGGCCUGCGCGACGCCUACUCCUGGCCUUUGCUGGUAUUCCUGGCGUCCUGCUGCCUCUACCCCCUGACUUCCAGCUGUGCCCACACCUUCAGCUCCAUGUCCACACGGGCCAGGCACAUCUGCUUCUUCUUCGACUACGGGGCUCUCAGCUUCUAUAGCCUGGGCUCAGCCGUCACCUACUCUGCAUACGUGUUCCCAGACAGAUGGGUGGGUGGUGUAUUCCACCAAUACUAUGUUUCCGUGGCAGUAUUUAACACGGUAAUCUGCACCGCCCUGGCCUGUUACUCGAGGCUUGGCUUGCCAUUUCUGCAAUAUAACCGCGACACUGUGAAAAGAUUCACUGAGCUCCAAAGUCCAACUCUGGGCAAAGCAGUGCGAGUUCUGGCCUUUGCGUACCCGUACCUGUUUGACAACAUCCCUCUGUUUUACAGGAUAUCCGUGUGCAUCGGUGACGACUGCACAAACAAUGAGACCAAUGGCCUGCACUAUUGCCACAUCACCUUGGCCUUCCUCACCGUCUUCCUCUUCAUCACACACCUCCCUGAGCGACUGGCGCCUGGGCGUUUUGACUACAUCGGUCAUAGUCAUCAGCUCUUCCACAUGUGCGGCAUCAUCGGUACCUACGUCCAGAUGGAGGCCAUUCUGCUGGACAUGUCACUGCGGCAGCCCUGGCUCCAAGUCCACGGGCUGCCCACCAGCUUCAACAACAGCUUUGGUGCGCUGCUGCUGUCCCUGACGCUCAGCCUUCUCAUCAUCUUCUCCUUCAGCCAAGCACUCUUCUGGAUGCCCAGCAAGUCCUGUCCUACAGCUAUCAGGGAUUGCAGUAAGCCAUCCCCACACCAGGACUAAACCUUUGGACCAAAACUUCCUGGUCUAGGCUAUAUGUGUGUGAUACAGAUUGAGAAGGAAGGAAUUUAAAAUUCCCCAAGACAAUAUGCUCCACAUCGCAAACCAUGUUCGCGGCUAAGCACCAGCCAAGAGGUCCUCAGACUCAAGCACAAACUGAAGGGAGGCACCGUAACGAGGAGCAUGAUAAUCAAGCGGAUUAUCCAUUGCCAUAGCAGUGCUGGGUCAGGGUCUGUGCUGUCAUGCUCUACACAGAAGAAACCUAGACUGCAGAGAUUGGAUACCAAGGGUUUCCACACGGAGCCCCACAUGCAAACUGUCAUAAAGCAUAGAGGCAACCAAAGACAAAGGACAACACUAUACAUUUUAUAUAGCAUUUGCCAGACUCUAUACAGGAAUCAAAAUGUAAAGGACUUAAAUGCAAGUUCUAUGCAUUUAAAUACACCAUAUAGUUCUUAUAAGACUUUGACUGUUUUAGAUAAAGCCUAUUUUUUUAAUUAAAAAAAAUACCCAAGCAAGGUCAGCAUUAUGCUAAAAUAACUGACCUAGGUACAAGUGUUAUGCUUCUCUGACAUGUUGUGUUUUUGAGUAAUUACUGAGACAAAAAAAUUAUACACAGUUGUAUUAUAUUACAUAGAUAUAUUUGUAACAAGUUCACUGUUUAAACUAUAUUAUUUCAGUUAUAGAUUUUACCAGCAAGGUAUUUUUCAAUACAGUGGAGUGUAGAACAAGCAGUUCAGCAUUAUGCUGUCAUCUUACUUCCUUAUAAUACGCCAUUCGAGUCACAUUGAUCCCUUGCUUUGCCCAUAAUCUUGUCCAUAGGAUGAUGUAUAAUGAAAAGCGCAGCUGUUUGUUUAUAGACCAGAGACCUUCAGAGCCAUAAGCAGCACACCAUGCUGUGACUGACCCUUUCAGGCUGGGUGACACAGAACAUGUGUCUCGUCUCUAAAGUCUUACUGAUUAAGUAAUGUCUGUAUUUUCUAAUGUAACCAUUAAUGAAAGAACUGACAUAAAGUGCCAUAUUUGUUUUUUUUCUUUUAAAGAAUGUGCAGUGCACUGAAAGAACAAUUUAACAUUGACAUUAUGAUUGUAAUACAGACAGGCAGCUUUCUGUGGAAUUCCUGUCUUUUAUGUGUUUUAAAGAAGCAGGAAUACCACUCAGUUUAAAGCUAUACAUUUCUUGUGUAAUACUUGUGGUUUUUUUGGUUGCAGAAUUUGUAUUUCGGAUCUUUUUAAAUAUUGAAUUACAUUUUGAUCUUGUCUCACUGGUUUAGGAUAAAGGUAAUUUAUUAAAUCACUAGUUAAAUUUAAAUCACACUGAGGGACAAUUUAGGUUUAGGUUCCCAGGAAAUAGACACACUACUGUAUUGUGUUUGAGUAAUCGCAGAAGAGGUGGAAAUACACACCAUUUUCUGGUGAAGUUAAAUCGUAUAUACGUUACUUUAGAAGGACAAGGAUGAUUCUCUAGAGGAGAAAUUGUUCUAAGCUAUUGUUUUAGCUGCUGAAUUUCACUGGUGCUUCUGGUACAGGGAAUUGGUCAGCUUUUAGCGGGCAGGCUUACGAUCAGCAUUGGGCCUUUCGGAGGCCAGCAGGAGGCCUGCCUUUCUUUGAGAGAUCUGAUUUAUACUUAUUAUUGCACUCAUUCAGAAAUAAUGUUUUAAUCCCUUUUAUAAUUGAUGAUGGUUGAUUUCUUUGUUUUUUGCAUUUGAUGUAUGUAUUUUUUUACUUCAAAUGGUAAAACCUUACAGGACAAACUACUGGCAACUGAUUCUCUUAUGAACGACUGUAUGGGAAAUACAUCGUGUAUUGUUUAUCGAAGCUUAGUUGCAACUCACGUUAGUUCUUGAAAAGAACAAUGCACUAUUGCUCACAACUCAGCUGACACUCAGGUUUUUCUUUAAUGCAGAUAUCUACUUUACAUGUGGUCUGUUGCAAUUAAUAAAGCAAACCGUUUAUUUGUAA